ACACUAGCGCAGCCAUUUUGGAAAAUGAUUUUAAUAUGGAAGUCGAUUGUCACUUGAAAAUACGGGCAUAUCUGCCUAUUUUUAAUAUCAUCGUGCGUUAAACAUUAUAAAAAGAUAAAUAAGAAAUAAAAAAUCUAAAGAUGACUACAGCUCUACCGGCUAUCCGCCAGCAUUCUGGCAAAAUGGGUCAGCAGAACAUGCAGCAGCACCACAUGCCCAGCCCCCCUGUUACUGCCAGGUCUCCUUCCAUGAGCACAAAGAGCUACUUGAAGCCUAUGCGCAGGUCUCUAGGCAAGAAGGAGAAAGAGAUGUUGAUGAGACAAGCAGCGCUUCGCUCGCAGCAACCUGAACUGACCAAGAGGGAAACAGCAGCGUACCGUAAUACCUAUAUGCACAACCUGUGCCUGGACAUGCUGCAGGAAGGCUUCCAUAGGUCCUUCUCUGAACUGUUUGCACUGGUCAAGCGCCAGUACUCUGAGAGAGAGGCAGCAGGGCCAGAGUCCAUGAUGUGGACACAGAUGAUGUUAGAUGAGGAACAUGAGAAAUUAGAAAUGCUUAAAGUUUUCCUUACAAGAGCUGAGGCUGCCCUUAGAAAAGAUGACUAUGAGGAAGUGUACAAUGCACGGUAUCAGCUAGCCAAGUAUUUCCAGAGCACAGGAGACAAGUGGCUGUCAGAUCAUUUCUACACCACGUGUCUGGACACCAGUGGCUCCAUCAAGGCUAAUGUGAGGUUCCAGGCUGAGGCACACUGUAAUGUGGGACUGGCUUUGGAAGAGAGUGGUGAUUACUUCAAUUCUGCAGAACAGUUGGAGAACUUCCACACCCAUGCCUCAGAACACAAGGAUUGGGUCACCAAUGAGGGGGUCACACUGCACGCCGUGUCCUGUAACCAUCUCAUGAGGGUGUACACAACUAUUGGGAACAAACUGGAGGCUAACAAAGAGCAGGAGGCCUCUCUGUCUUAUUUUGUGAAAGCUUACAAUAUGGCUGUAGAAGGUGGUGACCUAAAACUCAAGGGAGAGUCCAGCUACAGAUUGGGGCUUGCAUAUGAAAAGGCAAAAGAUUCUGAAACUGCUCUUUUGUAUCUGAAUGACUUCUUGGAGACCUGCAAGCAACUGAAUGAUGAUGUUGGUAUCGGCCAAGCAUGUGAAGCCAUUGCAAAGUCUUAUGAAAGUCUUGGUAAAAUCAAUGAAAGCAUCCGUUAUUUGGAGCAGUUCUGUGAGGUGGCUGAAAGGAGUAAGCAAGAGAAGGCUUAUAGCAAGGCUUGCAGCAAUUUGGGAGCUGUUUUCAAUUCACUGGGCAAAUAUGACAAAGCCACAGAAUACUUCAGCAAGGCCUACAACCUGUCCAGAGCCCUUAAUGACCAGGAGUCCAUCAAGACAUCCAGGGUCCAUUACGGUGUUGCAAUGGCCCACAACAUGAUGCAGGGGUUCUGUAACCACCUGAUUACCCCCACCAAGCCCAGCAUGGAGAGACAGGUGGAGUGGAAGAGCACCAGGGUGGAUGAGUUCAGCAAGGAGAUACCUCAGGAGAAACAGGAGCAAGAGCAACCAAGCACAACCCCAGCAUCCCACCAAACACAAUCUGAGCCUGCUUCCAGGGAUGUGUCCAACAUGGAGCCAGCAGCCACAGAGACUGCACCAGCCACUGAGGGUGAGGGUGCCCCAAGUCAAGGCGAGGUAGAACAGGCUGCAGAGAACCAAGAACCAGCAGACAGCCAAGCACCUGCAGAAAGUUGAACCCACAAGACCAUGUAAUGAACUGCUCUUGUAGCUAGUAUAUUAACAGUUCUCUGGUCUGAAUGAAGGGAAGAGACAGACUUGAGUGAAAACAAUAGACGGAUAAAUCCAUAUGAAAAAGACAUCUUGAUAAACAUUG